GCCAUUGAAGCUUAGGAAAUUCUUGAUCCUAUCGUACUCAAGCCAAACGCACCACCAAAUGACCAAUGAAGUUCAAUUGAUCCUAACUAUGAACGCCUUGAGCUAUUUAAUCCUAGUCACGUCGUAUCGCCGUCUUUGUCAUGCUCGUGUACAAAUCCGGUUCCGUCAAGCACCAAACUCUCGCAAUGCAGAGACCCUAGUCUCUUUUUCCACGCCUCCAAAAACGGCACCUACCCCACCCAGCCAUAUCCAGGCUUCGACGCAAUUUACUGCGCAGCAGCAGGGCGGGCAGCACCACCGGCCGGGGCCCUAGGAGCUUGCCUCGUGGCACGGCCCCUACAUACAAUAAGCGAGAUGGCGACCAUGGGCAGCCAGCUGGGCAUCUUGGAGAAGUAGUAGAAGAAGUAGGCGGCCGGGACGGAAACGCCGUACUGGACGAGAGCGCCGUCGAAGGGGUGGAA